GAACAGUACUAGUCUGAAUGUAUGACGCCGGGACAUUCCGCGCGUUACAUCACCCGGUACUUAUCCAUGCUCUGUCUUCUGUCUAUUAACAUCUGACUACAAAGUCGUAUUAUUGCAAUGCCGUCGUCGCAGCGACAGGUAUCGGGAGUUGUCACUAGACUCUCAGCGCGUGCAAGCCCAUAUAACAAUGCAGUCACCUUGUUUGAAGCCGGAAAUGCGGAUCAGCCGUCAACAUCACUGUCUUCCAGUCCGAAGCCGUCGAAGCGUAUCAAGCUCGAGGUCGAAUCCGGGCCCUCGAGCAUCUCAGACUGCACACGUUCCGAGAGCCCACGGAAGACGUCACCAACUUUGAAGCUGGAAGAAAUGGUAUCUGAAGAGGAUGCGAGUUCGCCAGUGAAAAUCAAGUCCCCCAAGAAACCUAAACCGAUACAGCGGUCUCUGGACACUCCGCAUAUUACUCCAUCACGCUGGAAGGAGGUGUAUGACUCGAUAAAAGAGAUGCGCACACAAAUGGUCGCUCCUGUAGACACUAUGGGGUGCGAACAAGCCCAGCACAAGGAGAAAGACCCAAAGAACCGACGGUUUGCUAUACUGGUUUCUUUGAUGUUAUCUUCCCAAACGAAAGAUGAAGUCACGGAUGCAGCUGUUGACAAGCUGCGGGCUGCCGUAGGAGGCACGCUAUCUGUAGCCGCCAUCAUAUCCGCGGAUGAGUCUACAAUAUCAGAUGCAAUAGCAAAAGUUGGCUUCUGGCGACGGAAGACUGGGUAUAUCAAGAAGGCAGCUAUACGGUUACGGGAUGAGUUCGAUUCAGAUGUACCCAAGACGGUGGAUGAGCUAUGCUCUUUGACAGGAGUCGGACCUAAAAUGGCGUUUCUUACACUUCAAGUCGCCUGGAAUCUCAAUCACGGCAUUGGUGUGGAUGUCCAUGUUCAUCGUAUUACCAACAGGUUGGGAUGGCAUCAACCGCCUACCAAGAAACCUGAAGAAACGAGGUUAAAUCUUCAGUCUUGGUUACCCCUCGAAUUGCAUCGCGAUAUUAACCACAUGCUCGUCGGCUUUGGUCAGACUAUUUGUGUCGCUGUGGGACCGAAGUGCGACUCGUGUACAUUGAGCACUAAAGGGCUGUGUCCAAGUGCUAAUACAAAACCCCCGAAAAGCCCGAAGAAGCGGAAGAGACAACCUUCUGCAGACCUUGAGCGCGAGUCUGGACCAAAGAUCGAUAUUGCAAUCGAGUCUUAACUUAUGAAAACUUGAUGUCCCUCCACCUCCAUCCAGCAAUGCAUGCAUAUAUUUUGUGAUGUCCAGAUACAAUACCUUAUUACCAAUUCACUAACUCGCAUAAUUGAUUACCUAGAUCGAAGUGCUUGUCUCGAGCAAAAUAAACAAAUUAAGUUGG